UGAGAGAGAAACACACACACUCACAGCGUAGGGCUUCUGUGACAGCAGAUUGAAGCAGGAGAGCAAGUUUGUCCAGGGAAAGGAAAGGUCUCUGUUUGUACUGAGAUUAAAGGUGGAGCAGCAGAGGAAUAAGCAGAGAGAGAAACAGAAGAAGAGCAAGAGAGGGAGAUAGAGAGAGGGAAGAGGGCAGCAGUGUUGCGCCACAUUUAGACCCGGACCAGAGACAAAAAUGUUCAUGGGGGACCGAUUACUGCGGCUCUGCUGAGAGUGAUGAAACGCUUUUCUCUAUAAAGCAGACAGCUCGGAGUGUGCAGCUCCCACAAGAGGAAUCCAGGUGCUCAGGAAGGAAUACACUCCUAAUUUAUUCAAAUCAUCCAAAGAAGAGCAGAUUUUCACCAGCAUUCAUUGACAUGGAUUGCAUCACCCUGCUCAUUCUGGCUCUGCGCUGAAGCUACUGGUCCUAAACCUGGUGUCCACUCCUGCCAGAGGUAAUGAGAACUCCUGGGAAGCCACGGAGAGCCGGACAGCCCGACAGAGCAAGUCACAUAAGGAAGAGGGCCGGCUUUUCCAGGGAUGAGAGCAGCCACAAGCUGAGGAGAACCAAGAGAGGGAGAACAGCGGAGCGGCCGCGAAGAGGAGGUUUUGAUGUGGAGAAUGGAUUGUCUGUGGGGCGCAGCCCUCUGGACCCCCAGGCCAGCCCCAGCUCCGGUCUGGUCCUACAGGCCAACUUUCCUCACAGCCAGCGACGGGAAUCUUUCCUCUACCGCUCCGACUCUGACUUUGACCUUUCACCCAAAGGUCCUUCCAGAAACUCCUCCACUGCCAGUGACCUGGAAGAAAGCUUGAAGCACUGGGAAGUCAACUGGUUGUCAUCUCGACAUACAGAAGACAUGAUUGUCACACCAUUUGCACAGGUUCUCGCCAGCCUGAGGACAGUCCGAGGUAACUUUGCCGUCAUAACCGGCCAGCAAGAUCGCACAGCCAGCAAGACACGAUCCUCAGGCAACAAUCCACCAUCCAUGUGCAAGACCAGCCUCGCAGAGGAGCCGCACCAGCAGCUGGCAAUAGAGACUCUGGAUGAGCUGGACUGGUGUCUGGAACAACUGGAGACACUGAAAACUCGACACUCUGUCAGCGAGAUGGCUUCCAACAAGUUCAAGAGGAUGCUGAACCGAGAGCUCACCCAGCUGUCAGAAACCAGCCGUUCAGGGAACCAGGUGUCUGAGUUCAUCUCCAGCACCUUCCUCGAGAAGCAACAUGACAUGGACAUCAUGUCUCCGUCGGCCAAGGAGAAGGACAAGAAAAAACGGCCCAUGUCUCAGAUCAGCGGUGUGAAAAAGGCCACCCACAGCCCCAGCCUCGCCCCCUCCACCAUCCCUCGCUUUGGGGUCAACUCCAGCCAGGAAGGACUUCUAGCAAAGGAACUGGAGGACAUAAACAGAUGGGGUAUCGACAUCUUCAAGGUCUCUGAGUAUUCUGGGAAACGCCCUCUUACGGUCACUAUGUACAGCGUCUUCCAGGAGCGUGACCUGCUGAAGUCCUUUAAGAUUCCCGCAGACACCUUCAUUACCUUCAUGAUGACUUUGGAGGAUCAUUACCAUGCCGACACGGCCUACCACAACAACAUCCAUGCUGCAGACGUGGUCCAGUCCACGCACGUCCUACUGUCCACGCCUGCUCUGGAGGCUGUGUUUACUGAUCUGGAGAUCCUAGCCGCUCUGUUUGCAAGCGGCAUCCAUGAUGUGGAUCACCCUGGAGUUUCCAAUCAGUUUCUCAUCAACACCAACUCUGAGCUGGCCCUGAUGUACAAUGACUCCUCGGUGCUGGAAAAUCACCACCUUGCUGUUGGCUUCAAGCUUCUGCAGGAAGAUAACUGUGACAUCUUUCAGAACCUGAGCAAAAAGCAGAGGCAGUCGCUGCGCAAAAUGGUCAUUGAUAUGGUGCUGGCGACAGAUAUGUCUAAACACAUGAACCUCCUGGCAGACCUGAAAACUAUGGUGGAGACCAAGAAAGUCACCAGUCUAGGAGUGCUACUGCUGGAUAACUACUCAGACCGCAUACAGGUCCUUCAGAACAUGGUGCACUGUGCAGACCUGAGCAACCCCACCAAGCCUCUGGAGCUGUACCGACAGUGGACCGAUCGCAUUAUGGUGGAGUUUUUCACCCAGGGGGACAGGGAGAGAGACAAGGGCAUGGAGGUCAGCCCCAUGUGUGACAAACACAACGCCUCCAUAGAGAAGAACCAGGUGGGUUUCAUUGACUACAUUGUUCACCCUCUGUGGGAGACGUGGGCCGACCUGGUGCACCCCGAUGCUCAGGAGAUCCUGGACACACUGGAGGAUAACAGAGAGUGGUACCAGAGCAUGAUCCCCCACAGCCCCUCCCCCCACCCAGAGGGCCCCGAGGAGGGAGCCCUCACCGGGGAAGCCUCAGCACUCGGUGGGGGCAGCGGCUCUAUUUCGGCGGACAAGUUCCAGUUUGAGCUGACCUUGGAAGAGGAGGGAGAGUCUGAUGACGAGAGUCUGCCCGAGGAAGAGGAGAGCUACAGCGGCAGUCGGGGGCCCGAACUCUCCAGAAGUGAUUCUGGCAGCGGAUUGGAUUCAGUUUCGUCCACGUCUCGCAUGCUCACCAAAAAGCUCACCACUGAUUCAGUCAGAACGUUUUCAUUAGACUCUGAUAAAGAAAUGGCUGAAGAAAGAGAAACAGAGAAUGAAGGCGUCUCUGGAGUCCCACGCUUCAGACUUGGGACAUAGCACCCGCCAAAAGUAGUAUUUCUUUUGGCCUUUUUUGUUUCUUUUAUUGAUCUCGGUGCCUCCUCUUGACUCCCUUUCUCCCACUCCAACCAACCUGGUUUCUGCGGACAGCAUCACAGCAAACCUAGGGUGGGGAGUAAGUGAGUGCGGUGGUUGCGGAGGGUGUUAAAAAAAUGCUGCAGUUUUACCCAGCAGUCACUUGCACUGGAGAGAAACAGAUGGACAUUUUAAUAGAGGACAGGAAACCAAGUUUCUGAACUGUCCUCUAUGCUCUGCGUCUUUCAGUCAGACGUACUGUGGAUGAACUACAGCGAGGAUGAGAAGUUUUAAACCUAAAACUUCCCCUUUACCAGCCAACCCAAGGUCUACUUCAACAAAGAAAGAACUGUCUUCCUCUUUGUGAAGAAAGUGAGGAAGCUAUGAAUGAGCGUGAAAACAUAUUUUAAGACAUCUUGCCAAACUUCACCCUGCCUUCUUAGUUCUUAUUUUGUUUGUUUUGUUGUCUUUUAUUUAGGUCCAUUGAAUUGCAGUCAAUGAAGGUACAGUAAAUAGCAGACUCCAAAGCAGUGUAGGCAAAGUAAUGGCAGAAAGGAGCUAUGCAUGAUUUUAUGCAGUCAUUUUUAAUGUAGCAAACAUGAGUGGCGCUAUCAUUAUUAUUGUAUACGUAGCACUUCUUUCAGCUUGCACAGCCUAUUUAAUUAUGUUCAGCAAACAGUAGUGUUGCUAUAAAUGGCAUGCAAUGCAUAAUAUUUUAUGUACGUUUUUUAGAAGUGUUUCAGGCUCACUAUUUCCAUUUUUAUAAACCUAAACUAUGAUAUUGUCGGUGACAAUAAUGAACCACGGUCAGCGUAGUGUUAUUCAGUCAGGAAUUACAUCCAGCUAUGUGGGCUGUGCAUGUGGUGCCUCCCAGUGUCGACAUGUGGAAUUAAAGUUCUGGCAUUGGAGGCAAAUGAUUUGCAAAGCUAUAUUCAAAACCCAUUGAACUGUAGGACUAGCCCAAAUAUCAGUAAUGUUUCAGUUUUGUUGCUAUUUUGACUUACAUUUCAAGUCACUAAUUCUUGAGUUCUUAGUAUUUGGCACCCAUUUUUAUAGGUUUCCCUUCAAGUUGAGCACUUUACAGUUGGGACUGAGCCAAAACAUGAACACAUGUCAUGGCUGUUGACUUCAAAACAGCUUUGGAAGGGCUGCCAAGCAACCAGCGGAGACAUCAUGCAAAAGCUAAACGCUACAGUACAUCUACAAACUGCAUCAAACUAUCCAUACAAAUCCAUCAUGGUAACUACAGACGUGUCACACAGCAUCCAAGCACAAGGGUUGCAAAGACGGAUGUCAGCAUCAUUGUAACUGUAGAAAACAAACAAACCAGGAUGGCUUUUUUUUCCUCAUUGAUCAAUAUUUUGCUCUUCACAGGGACAUAGUCAAUGACAAACAAGUGCCAAGCAAGCAUGACACAACCCGUACUGUAAUUUCCAUUUUGCCACUGGCUACUUUCCAUCCAUGACUGAUAAAGUUGGUUGAUUGUAGCACACUGUGUGCCAAUCUGACCCGAGUGUCUCUGUUACAAUUGUUUUUAAACUCCAGUUCUAACGGUAACUGAAACUGAUAUUGUCUUAAUACAGUGUUUUGUUUAUUGUGUGAGAGUGAAUGACUGGGUUGACUUUUUUGAUGUAUUUGCUAAGAAUAAACCAAAGCACUUUGUAUGGUACUUUUACAGUUCUGCACUUCCAGUACAAUUUAACAUGUAUAGUGACUGUUUCACUGUUUUUCUGAUGGCUGGUGGUUGAGUUGAAUUGCACGGGCUGCACCACAGCUCUUAAAGGUCGGAUUUCGGAGGGACUGAAGUCGUUUUUUUUGUCCUUUUUAUAAAUGAGUGUAUGAAAAAGAGGCGUUCUGUUGAAGUGCAUGACGUUGGCUGCAGGAUGAAGAAUAUAGAGAUCUUACAGAACUUGACCUGUGGAAAAACUUGUUUUAUUUUAUAACCAUAAAACAGAGUGAAAACUAUUUGAAUGUGUGAACGAGCUGAACGCCUUACCUUCAAACUUGGGAUUUUUUUCAUAGAUGUGUUAACUGACAUGCUGGAGUAAAACAUGUGCAAUCCUUUCUGUAGCCAUAAACAUCACCAAACAGACAAACACUCAAGGAUGCCUUCAACACUAAGGACUAUCUAACAGCUCAACCAGCACAACAUGCAAGGAUUCAGUCUGUCUCUGCAUGUCACUAAUUGUUUGACUUUGUACAUUUUCCUCACAGUGCUUCAUGUACAGUUUAUUUAUUAUUUCGGUAUUACCUGUCAGAAACGAUGGAACGGUAGACUUAUUUUAGUCUGAGGUUUAGUACUUUUGUGUGAGAAAGUCACACAGGACAGAUGUCAACUAUAACUCAGCUUUUUUUCCCCCUUCUCUUUUCUUUUCUUGAUGUCUGCGAAUAACAUUAUACAUAAGCAAAAAUAUUCACUUUCAUGUUUUUCUUGGUAUAAAAAUAGUUUAGUGACAUAUUUCUGAGACAUCUCUCAUCUCCUGUUUUCCUCUGUUUUCAAUGAUCUGAUCACACAUUCAUUCACGAUCUUACAGUAAGUGUGCUGAUCUGAGACUUCUUUGAUAUAUAGUGAAGAUAAUAUAGUCACACGGCCUCAAGUCAUCCUAGAUCAGUUUUUCUGUUCUUAGAGAUUUUAUGAAUAUUGGUCGUGAAGACUUUGCAGCUUUGACAAUCCAAACUCUGCUGUUUAACUGUGGGUGUGUUAGCCCUCUCUCCAACUAGAACUGUUUGCCUUGCCAAUAAAGGAAA